AGGAAGAUGAGGAAUUGGAUGGAAUGUAUUUUAUAUUCUAUUUUCUUGCAAAAUACAGACAAAUCCGCACUAUUCAACAGGAGCGAGUAUUGGAAGAGGGUGAAGAUAAAAUAUGGCCUUCAGUGACUGACCUGAACACACGCUUAAGGAGAGUGAUAACUUCAUACCAAAGAAACUGUCGAAAAGAAGAACAGAAACUUGCCGCUUUGAAGUCGAAGAUGGAACGCCAGGGCAAACAGGCAUUGGAACAGCAAUCUUCAAAAGAGAGAGAAAAACUGACCAUCAACAAACGUUGGACGAAGCGCGAAGAAGCGGAUUUCUUCAGAGUGGUAUCUUCAUACGGUGUUAUCUACUACCGCAAGAAAAAAGCCUACGAUUGGACGAGGUUCAAACAGUUGGCAAAGCUGGAGAAGAAGUCAGAUGAAGAACUGACGGAGUACUACAAGAACUUCGUCAUUAUGUGCAAAAAGCAGACGGGGAUGAAUGUAGACGAGAGCAGCUACGACAACACGAUCGAGCAUAUUGUUGAAGAAAAGGCCAGAAGGACGUUAGAGAGAUUAGAACUUUUGUCUAGAAUCAGAGAGGAAGUAUUGACCCAUCCAAAACUCGACGAGAGGUUAAGAGUAUGCUUGGUGUCUGCAGAUAUGCCAGACUGGUGGAUACCUGGAAAGCAUGAUAAGGAUCUACUCUUGGGAGUUGCCAAACAUGGCUUGGGCCGAACGGAUUAUUAUCUCUUGAACGACCCAGAUCUGUCAUUCCACGAAGUACUUAGGAAAAAAGUUCGUUCUAAUUCUCUGGACAGCAAGGAGGCUAUAAAAUUGGAAAGUCACGAGGACAUUCUCAAAUUUGACAAAGAUGAAAUCCUUGUAAAACUAGAGAAAGGCGAGGGGACUUUAAAGAUAGAAAAGGUUGCUGUGAAAAAAGAAACUCUGGAAGAGAAGAAAUCCGGGGACGAAGAUAAAGUGAAUCUCACCUUAGUGAAGGGUGACAAAUGCGAAACCAAAGAGCAGCUAGACGAAACAGUCGGUAUCUCUGAACAAAAAGAUGAGGAAGAUAAAGAACCUGUAAAGGAGGGCGACGAAGACAAAGAAUCAAUGAAAAAAGAGUCAGACACCAAAUCCGAAUCAGAGAAAUUCGAGUCUGACACUGAAUCGAAGAAGUCUGAAGUUGAAGAUCUAUGCAAGACGAAGGUGGAGAAGUCGAAAUCCCCGCCACCGAAAACGCCAUCUACAGACCCUGAAACAGACCUGUGUUCAAAGCAGGCCGCCGAGCUGAAGGCGAUGUUUCCAGACUUAGAGGUGAUCCAGCCGCUUUCACGGCUCUCCCAGGUAGACACGUUCGUCCUAAGGGAUAAACAAGCCAGUGGAGCAUUGGACUUUAGCGAAACCACCGUGGCUCAAUUGUUCAACAACGCUGUCAAGUGGCCUAAAGAGUAUGCUAUCCAGGUGCGGCUGCAGCACAUCAUCUAUGCGGUGGAGACGAAAGAAUGGCCGGCAUCGAAGAGUUUUUCAGCGUACGCGACCGGCAUCGGGAGUGAGUUCGACGUGCCCAUCCAUGAGCUGCCGAACGAGCCUCCCAAGCGAGAGCGUGACACCUCUACGCCAAUGUCCUCCGUCGGGGAACCGGAAAUUUCCAUUAGCGUGGCGGGUGGGGCAAGUAAGAAGCGGAAACGACAUAUUGCCAUCGACGUUGAGACGGAGCGCGCCAAAUUGCACGCGCUGCUCAACAGCUCACACGCGGCUGCCUCUACUCCGCCCAUCUCAAAACAUGGCAUGCAGGCGUGGGGUGACAACGAUGAUUCUGAGGAUUCACGUCGUUCGACGCCAGUGCAAAGUACCCUUCAGCCGCCGCCUGCUCACCAACAGACCUCCAGGUCUCUGAGCGUCACCAGCAUGAAAAUGCCUUAUGACCUCCAGUACCACUCCACGCCAGCCUCCAAGACUAUCGGCCAGACCACUGUCAUUCCGGGCACCAGCAGUACGUUAACACCGAUUGAUCUCAGUUCUAGCAUUCCAAAGAAUACAGACAAGCUUUCAGCCAGCGAAAUUCAGGACGAAGUCCAAGACUUUUCUGUAAAAAAGCCGACCACCCCGACAACUACUGCUAAGAACACGAAUAAGUUGGAUGAUACGUUAUCGAAACUAAUGAAGAGGAAGAAUUGCCCGGAACCCGAACCGCUGGUGGGUAAAGAGAACAAACGCCGAAAGCUGGACGAGAUCGUCUUAGGCCUGUCUGCUGCUAAAGAGCAAUCACUGUUCUCUGUGUCGGAGCCGUCCAAAAAACCACCUGUGACGCCUAGCGUUACGGUGACCCCCGCUUCGGCGCCUGUAACAACAUCUCACAGUCCUAUACAGAAACCGUUCACGAUAACUGUCACAUCUGUACCUUCUACCAGUAAAGGCGGCAGCUCAUCAUCUGGAAUCCCGAAUCUGCUACCACAGUUUUCAGGCUCUGCCAAGGAUAGUUUCUCUUCGUUCCUGGCGCAGGCCGAACAGCAGAACUUGUUAUUGAAAAAACAGCAACAGCAACAACAACAGCAAAGAAAGAGCUACGAGGCGAUGAUCGCUGAUAUCGGAAAAGUAUCAGAUUUUAGCUCGAAGGUUAACUCCUACUCUCAUGAAGCUAAGGUCAACAAAUGGCUUGCUGAACAAAAUGCGGCAUUAGCUGAACAGCCUUUGAGUGCCGAUUACCUAUCACCUAGAAGGAGAAGGCCAAGAGUUGACCCUACUCUGCUUGAUUGGAAGAAACUAACUGGGGAUGAAAAUGUUGCUGUUAUUCACAGAGUUACUGGUAAAAAAUUGACAGGUCCAAAAGCGCCGACGCUUAAGCGUCUCGGCCAAUGGCUGAUGGAAAACCCGAUGUAUGACAUCGAUCCCAAGUGGACGGAGCUUGUCAAAGAGCGAGGUAACCUGAGCCACGACCUGCAGAAGAGGCUAUCCACGCAGCAAGGGAGCGCAUGUGCUGGUGGCAGUGGUGCAACAUCUGCUGGAGGUAGCAAGACCAAGCAAAGUGGCAUACCUGGCUCAACAACGAGCGUGAACAGCAAUUUGGCGACCUCUCUGCCCUCUAGCAUGUCCUUCCCGUCAUUGAGUACAUCCAGUUUAGCUGGUCUGAAUACCAACCUACUGACUGGUCUGUCAGCCGGUUUAGGGCAGUUCGAUCCGAAGACUAAUCCACUUCUGAUGCCCUUCGCAGGACUGCCAAACAUGGGUGCUCUUGGAUCAAUGGGCGGAUUAGGCAACCUGACAAACAUGAAUCUAUUCGCGAACCUGGCCGGUCUAGGCCUGCCCGGUCUAGGUGGCAUGGACCCCGCGGCGUUGGCCAGUGCUGCCGCAGCGGCGGAGUCUGCAGCAGUUGUGGCGGCCGCUGCCGGAAAGGGAUCCUCGAAGAGCAGCGGCCAAGGUGGGCAAGGAAAACAGCUCAAACCGCAAGAAGCGCACGCGUCCAGUAAGUCUGGUGCUGGCGGUGGGCAGCAGGCACAGGCGACAGCUUCCGGGUUGGGCGGUGCCGCCAAUCCCGCCUUCCCGUUCUUCUUUCCCAAUCCCAGCUUGCUAUACACUCCACUUGGAUUAGGUGGCCUAAACCCGUUCACCCUGCAGCCCGGCAUGUCAGCAGCUUACGAUUCCCUGGCUCAGCAGUGCGGAUUACUGAAUGGAGGCCUGAAUCCUGCUGCUUCACCUAACUCCUCGUCGUCAAGCAGCAAAAUGAGCAAACCGUCGUCGUCUUCUAGACCACCGUCUGCUUCUGCUACUACUCCUACCACUUCCAGUAGCCCGCAGAUGAAACCUCCAAGCAGAUCGUCAAGUAGGGACGCACAUCUGCAGCAAUUGCUGCUCCCUCCUGAUACCCAGAUCCUGGAGAGCAUUUCAAAAGCGGCCAGUUCUUUGGACAUCACAUUGAAGCAGGCGAAGGCGGGCGGUGGAAGCGGCGACAAGAAAGAUGAAAAACGCAAGCAGCAACAACAGCAGGCGGCAGCUGCGGCGGCGGCAGCGGCUGCAGCAUUUGACAGUUUCCGCGGCAUGCUGCCCUCUGACUUUACCGUCCAAAAGAAGUCGGGACUGCCACCAGGGCUGGCCGAUUUCACCAAAUUGCUAGAGGCUCAGGUGCAGGUGACACAAGCAACAAAAAAGACGCACGAACAGCAAAUGAAAGAAGCAUUGGAACAGUUCACUAAAAGCAAUCAGGAACUGGUAGCUAAAUCUUUGGCAGAUGAAUACACAAAACCAAGCACAGCAGUGAAAAGGCCACGAGAGGCAUCAAUAGAAAUGUUACAUACUGAAAAAUCCUUGAUGCCGGCUCCAACAGCUGUACCCACUGACGAGGAGCAGCAGCAACCACCACCUAAAAAGCCUAAAGACACGGAUUCGAGGACGCUAUCUCCACAAGUACAAGCAUUACCUAAUGUCCUGACGACGCAGCCUCCUCAGCAACAGCCGACACAGCAGCAGCCACCGUCUCAACAAUCAUUACAGCAACAGACGCAGUCACCUCCAACACCGUCUCAACAGCCACAACACGAUGACGAAGGUGUCGAUAUCGAAGCGCUGUUGCCACCGUCUACGGUUGUCAAGCCAACCGGGCUCACUCCCGAGAAAAAGACUGCUACUAAGGAGGACAAAACGCCCUUACUAGCAGUGGUGCCAAAUCCCCAGCAGCCGUCGCCAACACCCACGCCUCCUCCCGCCAAAGAAAACUAUUCUGAAGAUAAGUCCGAUGAAUCACCUGUUAAGGCAACCGUCGAGGAACAACCCACCGAGGCACCGUCACCGCUUAAAGAGGAGCCUAGCAAACAAUCCCAGGAAGCCGUUGCGGCUACUACGGUAACGGCGUCCGCCGGAGAGGGCAGCGAUACCAGCCCGCCAGCGGCGAAAAAGGGCGCCAAACGUACCAGGGGAAAACGGAAAUCGGGCGAGACCAUCAUCGACCCCGAAUCGAUUGUCGCGAAGAAAAAUCUGCGAUCGAGCGCCAGCAGAUCGGCAGCCGCUGCCGCCGCGCGGCAAAAGCUCGAAGCUGAAAACGCGCAGAGAGAGAGGAAUGAGGAGAACGUCAAUGCGAACUCUUAGAAGCGGUCCACCCGCGGCAAACGAUCAGAUGACACUAGGAAAACAAUCUGGGACACAGAGAGAACUUCACAAUGUGAAACGACCUCGAGUGUGACUGGGCCUUUAGACACAUCCUCAUGGGUUUUUGGUGAACUGUGAUAUAAACAAAAAGACUCGACAUAAUGAUACAGCGCGGUGUACUCUGUGUUUUUUUUUUUGAAUGGAUUAUUACGCUUGUCUUAUAUGUACUCUCCAAGUUUACAAACUAAGAUAGAUAAAUAUUCGGUAGGUUUAAAUAAUGUUAUAACCAAGUGAAUGGCUCUGUUUAGGAAAACCACUAAGGUGUGGUUAAGUUUUUUAUUGUGAGUGUACAUCUUUUAUCAGUAGGAAUAUUUCUCCGUUUAUUAUACGAUAUUCUUCAUUUUUACUUUAUAUAGUUUGUAUAUAUUAUUCUUUUAGUGAUUAUUACAACUUCGUUUUUUGACAUAUGUGAAACGUGUGUAAAUAAAAUUUAGCCCUUAUUUUUCCUUUUUUAUUUAACUUGGCACAAGUCUGAAAAGUAUUUAUUUUCUUUUUUCAUUUACAUUUGUCGGUCUUUUGUUGAUAUCUAUUAAGAUCUGUCUUAUAU